UUCUGGCUCCUCAUGUCCAGUUAAAGGAUCAAGAGGAAGCGACGAAGCUUUAAAUCCUUUAAAUAACAUGCCUAUGUCUCUUUCUUCUGAAAAAGCUCCAGGUCAAAGAAUCACAUUAUCCACUCAAAGAACCAUCUCUUCUAUCCCUAGAGGUGAAACUGAAAGUCAUGGUUUAUGGGAAUAUCCAUCUCCUCAACAAAUGUUAAAUGCAAUGUUAAGGAAGGGUAAAGGGGAUGGUAUACCCGAAGAUGCUGUUGAAUCUAUGGUUGAUAUUCAUAAUUUCUUGAAUGAAGCAGCUUGGCAACAGAUUUUAGAAUGGGAACUGAGAUAUACCAAGACAACAAAAAUUGAACCUAGAUUAAAAAAGUUUACUGGUAGACCUGAUGAUAUGUCUCCUAGAGCUAGAAUGUAUUUAUGGUUAGGUCAAUUAUUCCCGGAAACAUUUAAUACCGAACCACCGUUCGAUAGGCAUGAUUGGACUGUCUUGAGGUCACAAGGUAGAAAUAAAGAUUGGCAAGAAGUGAGAUAUGUUAUAGAUUAUUAUUCUGCGCCCGAUGAUGAAGAAACUGGAAUGCCUGCUUUCACUUUGGAUACUCGUCCUGCAUUGGACAAUUUCGGAAACGCUUCUGAUAGAUUCACACACUGGGCUUAUCCUUUGUGGAAGAGGGCUAUGGGCGAAUUCGAUGACCUUAAGUAG